GGAUUAUUGUUUUUUAAAGUGUUCUGGCUUUUGUUAUCAUUACGUUCGCCAGAACAACUUAACCUCUAACGAAAUAUGUUUCCGUCGAAGGAUUUGGGAAAAACGGAUUAUAUCAGUUUAAAUAUCCAAGAAAGUGCAACAUUCGCACGAGGAUCAUCACGUAGUCUUUGGAGACAAUGGAAUCAGUUAUCAAGGUUUCAGAGAAAUAUUCUUUAUUUUUUAGUUAUUACUAUCAUAUUAGUUAUAUUUUAUCUGUUACCUGGUGAUAACAAAAGUGGAGUUUUAGAUGAAAAUGAUUACAAUAACAUAGAAGUAGUGCAAGAUAGUCUAAAAUAUGAAAAGGCAGCAGAAGAUAUUGUAGUAGAUAGUAUAAAUCAAGAACAUAAAGGGGGUGGAGAGGUCAUUGAAGAACCUGAAUUCCAACCAGAAAUAAACCAAGUAGAUGAUGAUCAAAUUGGCGAACCACCUCAACCUAAGCCAAACACACUUAAAUUUAAUGGACCACAGAAUAAUAGACAGAAAGCAGUAGUUACAGCAUUUAAGUAUUCAUGGAAUGGUUACAAAGAAUAUGCUUGGGGUUAUGAUAAUGUGAAACCAAUAUCAAAAAAAUAUUAUGAAUGGUUUGGCUUAGGCCUUACUAUAGUUGAUUCCCUUGAUACUAUGUACAUAAUGGGCUUAAAUAACGAAUUUUUAGAAGCUAAAACAUGGGUUGAUAAAAAUUUAGUGUUCACUUCGAAUAGAGAUGUUAAUUUAUUUGAAGUUACAAUUAGAGUAUUAGGAGGUUUAUUAUCAGCAUAUCAUCUUUCAGGAGACAAGAUUUUUUUAAAUAAAGCUACAAUGUUAGGAGAACGUUUGAUGCCUGCAUUUUCUACUUCAUCUGGUGUUCCAUAUUCUGAUGUAAAUCUUGGUGCUAAAACUGCACAUGGUCCUAAAUGGGGUCCUGAUAGUAGUACAAGUGAAGUUACAUCAAUCCAAUUGGAAUUUCGUGAUUUAAGUCGCAGUACAGGAGAUCCUAAAUUCGAGGAAGCAGUAGCAAAAGUUUCAGAACAUGUACACCAAUUAGAAAAAUAUGAUGGUUUAGUACCUAUUUUCAUUAAUGCUAAUACUGGACACUUUAGAGAUCAUGCAACAAUUACACUUGGCGCACGUGGUGAUAGUUAUUACGAAUAUUUAUUGAAACAAUGGCUUCAAACUGGGAAGACUAUUAAUUACCUACGAAAUGAUUAUCUGUUAGGUAUUACUGGAACUCAAAAGCAUUUGGUGAAACGUACAGCAAUUAAUAAAUAUCUUUUCAUAGCAGAGUUAGUUGGAGCAAACAAAGAAAUAACACCAAAAAUGGAUCACCUUACAUGUUACUUAGCAGGUACUUUAGCUUUAGGAGUACAUCAUGGUUUACCAUCUGAUCAUAUGGAUCUUGCUAAUGAAAUUGUUAAGACUUGUUAUCAAACAUAUGCAAUUCAGCCCACAUUUCUAGCUCCAGAAAUUACUUAUUUCAAUAUUCAGAAUACAGAUGGAGAAAAAUCAAUGGAUAUGUAUGUGAAAAUAAAUGAUGCACAUAAUUUACUUAGACCAGAAUUUAUUGAAAGCCUUUUUUAUAUGUGGUAUUUCACUGGAAAUAAGACAUUCCAAGAUUGGGGAUGGCAGAUAUUUCAAGCCUUUGAAAACUAUACAAAAGUGGAGAAAGGGUACACCAGCAUUGGUAAUGUAAGGAACGUUUAUAAUACACUACAAAAGGACAUGACAGAAAGCUUUUGGUUUGCUGAAACUUUGAAAUACCUGUACUUGUUGUUUGAUGAUACAAGACAAUUAAUAGAUUUGGAUAGAUGGGUAUUUAAUUCAGAAGGACAUCCCCUACCUGUAUAUGAAUCAUAAUCAAAUCUAAUCACAAAAUUUCAUGUAUAAAUUUGCACCAUUAAAGAAAUCUUAAAUACCUUUUGAGGCCAGUGAAUAGAUAUCUUAACGAUAUUACGCAGAUAAGAAGUUAGUCGAAUUAAUGUACUUUAAAAUAUGAAAUAGACCACGAUUUUAGAUUAAUGAUCUUCUAGGAAUAAUUCCCAAACAUUACA